GGGUGGCCGUGGGGGACAGAGAUGCCGAGCCCGUGGGCGCUGGUGCUGCUGGUGGUGCUGGGGGGGGCCCGUGCCCUCCCCGCCCCGGCCCCCCUCGCCUACACCCAGGCGCUGGCUCAAGCCGUGGACUCCUACAACCAGCGGCCUGAGGUGCAGAACGCCUUCAGGCUGCUCAGCGCCGACCCCGAGCCCGCCCCGGGCGUGGAGCUGAGCUCGCUGCGGGGGCUCAACUUCACCAUGAUGGAGACGGACUGUGCCGCCAGCGCCCGCCCCGACCCCAACGACUGCGACUUCAAGGAGAACGGGGCCAUCAAGGAGUGCUCGGGGCCGGUGCAGCUCCUGCAGAGCUCCCCCGAGUUCGACCUGCGCUGCUUCGACGUCUCCUCCGACCCGGAUCUGAUCCAGCGCGGCCGCUUCGGGCGCUUCCUGGGCAGGGUCCGGCGCUUCCGACCCCGGAUCAAGUUCAACAUCGGCAUCAGGGGCUCCGUGGGCUUGGGCUGAGCAAUAAAGGGCCGGGAGAGGCCGUC